CUCAUUAAAGCUCCUCGAACUCUUUUCUUCUAUUGGUCUGAACUUACAGAAAUGGUUCAAUACAAACUCACCUACUUCGACGGGCGUGGACCAGCGGAGGUCAUCCGUCAAAUUUUUGUCCUUGCUGGCGCGGAGUAUGAAGACGUACGAAUCCCUCGUGACGAAUGGCCAAAGCACAAAUCAGAAAUGCCGUUUGGCCAAAUGCCAGUGCUAGAAGUUGAUGGACAACAGCUCGCACAGUCCUUUGCCAUCGCUCGUUUCCUCGCUAAGAAGUUUGGACUUACUCCCAAGUGCCCGUUCGAGGAAGCGCAGGUCGAUUCCCUUAUGGAUCAAUUCAAAGACUUCCAGAAUGAAGUCAGACCGGCAUUCACGGUGAUGCUUGGCUUUGCUGAAGGUGAUAAGGACAAACUCAUCAAGGAAGUGUUGCUGCCAGGACGCGAUAAGUUCUUUGGCUUCAUGACAAAAUUCCUGAAAAAGAACAAUACUGGUUACCUCGUCGGCAGUUCAAUUACUAUUCCCGAUUUGCUCCUUGCUGAGUUUUCCUCGGAAAUGUCGAAAAAGGUUCCUAAUCUUCUUGAGGGAUAUCCUGAGAUCAAAGCACAUGCUGAGAAGGUUCGCUCUAAUCCUGCUCUCAAGAAAUGGAUUGAGACUCGACCAGAAACACCAUUUUAGAUUAUUUGCUGUCUCA